CUUAUUAAAUAGAGCAGAUAUGUAUAGAUGUGAUUUACCAUUUGUUGAUCUGGUUCAACUCUGACAGCAGCUGUUACGAAGAAGUCGGACAUUAUGGAAUCAAACUCAAAUAAUUCUGUCUCAAUGUUGGUGGGAACAAAACGGACUGUUAGCUUGACUGCAGAUGGCAGUGUCUACAAGAAGUAUGGUAUAUAUUUAAAGAAGUGCAACUUCGACUUGAAAGUGGAUGGCAGUUCCUACAAAAUGAAGUUCUUCGUGGACAGAGUGGAUCCAAACUCACAAGCAUAUCAAGCGGGAAUAGUAUCCGGCGAUGUUAUUCUGACAGUGACGUCAGAUGUCAGCCCUAUAGCUAGGCGUCACUCGACAUCGUCUGGUUCGUCCACGACCUCAGGAAAAUCCACAUCUGGAAAAAAAAGAGGCAAAGGAUCCACUGCAAGCUCUAGUAGUGGUAUGGCCGUGGAUAGUAAUAAGUAUGACUCAUCUGUGCUAUGUCCGGCACUGAAUAAGCAGACCUAUUAUGUAAACAACAACGAUUUGGGAAAGUUUGAGGAAUUCCUUGAGCAGAAUAACGAGAUAACCCUAACUGUCAUCUACGUGAAUGCUCGCGAGUGGAAUAGACUGGUAGAGGGAAAAGAAAGACUCGAGAAAGAGUAUAGAGAGAAGGAAAUGUCUCUGAAGGCAGUUGAGUACCACUUGUACGCUCUGCAAAACCCAGGCUGCAGCUAUCUGGAUUUCAACAAUAGUUCAGCUUCGCUUCAAAGCAGCUUGUUCACUCAGUCCAAUCCACCUCGCAGAUCGAUAGACGCACAAUUUUCUCUACCCAAUGGAGCAAAGAAUGCCAGCCAGUUUCGUGAUCGCCUUAUUUCGGAGCCGGGCAAGCUACAGAAGACUUCACUUUCUCGAUCUCAGCCAAAUAUGCUGAACAAGGAGUCUACGAAACAAUGGUUCCCAAAGUUUCUUAUGUCUAAAGCAAGAAAGGAAAGCACGGGGUCAAACAAGUCUAUUGACCGAAGUACAGACGGCGGUGCUUUGUUGAAAGCAUCCAUAAGCAAGUCCGAUCGACACUUCCAAGCAUCUGUUGGAGACAACUAUUCAAUUGACAGCGGUGUGGGAUCUAGGGGCAGGACUGAAAGUCCGUUCAACUCGGAGGCUCAAUCUGUGCGUAGCACGCGGAGACCUCUGGGAGACAACACCGAUACAAGCUCUUUGUGCAGCUCAACUCCUGGAAACGCCAAGAUCUUCCGCUCGCCUUCUUCUAUGAAUAGGUCACCUGACGUGUCAAAUAAAGAGCUCAACUCACUAGCUGGUGGAGUCACCUUGCCUCGAUUUCGCAACAAAAAUUUUCUUGCGAAUUUGAGCGACCAAAACUCAACAUCGGCGUUCAAGCCGAACAGAUCCCUGCCUUACAAACCCCAUCACCAUUUUCAGACGCCCGUCAAAUGCAACCCAGAAGUCAUGCACCCUUCACACUGGAAAAUAGCUACGCAGCUUCACGAGCCUUGCCGGGAGGCAAUUUUGGAAGUGUCGCUUUGAAAACAGCGAAACAUAUUAAAAUGGGAUCGUCUCCACUGUACUCGUCGAAUACUUCUUUAACUUCCAAUGUAUCUGCUAAGUCGGCUCCGGCGGUCAAUGGUUCACCGAGCAGCCACGACUCGUCUCGCACUUCGGAUCGUGUGUUUGCAUCAGAUGUCGACACCGUAUCUCAAAGUUCGGACUGCUUACGAACUUCCAGUGCACGAUCAUCGUACAGCGCGUCAACUCCAAAUGUAAAUAACGUUGAUUACAAUUCUUCCCAGUUGCGAGAAUCAGCAUCGUUUGAAGUUUCAAACGAGUCCUCGAUCAGCUCACGAGAAGAAAGCGAAGUUGUGAACUCGUAUUCCGAAACAAAUGCGCCUCCGAGGCCCCACAAUUUGGAAGUUACAAACGAUGAUUCGAAACAGAAUGGUGCUAAGUCUGAACAAAAUAAUAACAGAGUCAAUAUGACGGCAGAAUCAGGAAAUGACACGGAUCAUAACGUACAUACCCCUAUCAUUGAUUUAUCGGCGCAGAAGCGGUUCUUGUAUGAAACCCAGCUAUAAGUGCCAUAUGUUUUGCUGGCAACUUGAAUUUAUAAUGUAGAAUUCGACUCCUGUUAGUCGUAGAUAGUUUAAGUUUCCAAUUCGUUGCUGAAGUUUUGAGUGGGCCCUAAGUUUAUUGCUUCAUCAGUCAAUGAUUUUGAACUCAACUCGUUCUUUUUUCGAA